CUAUGGCACCGACCUUCUUUUCAUCUCUUCAUCGAUUGUCAACAUCAUUUUGCCUAUUGGAUUUAUCUGGAUUGGAUUUUAAAUAAAUGUGAGAGCUUAGGUUUCCGCAAAUAAAAGAAAUUAAUUUUCAACUGUAGUAGUUCAUUAAAUCAAGACACGGAUAGGAUCAUUUGCAACAAUGUCUACCGCCCGUAAUGGAACUCAUAAUUUUAAAGUGGUGUUGCUGGGAGAAGGAAGUGUGGGAAAGACUUCGCUGUUGUUGCGAUACGUCGAAGACAAAUUUAAUGAAAGGCAUACUAGUACGCUACAGGCAACAUUUCUUAACAAGAAAAUAAACUUGAAUGACAAGAGAAUCAAUCUAGCAAUUUGGGAUACCGCAGGCCAAGAGAAGUUCCAUGCUCUGGGUCCAAUCUACUAUAGGAAUUCCAACGGAGCCAUAUUGGUGUAUGACAUCACUGAGGCAGAUUCUUUUGUGAAGGUGAAGAACUGGGUGAAGGAACUGAGGAGGAUGCUAGGAUCUGAUAUUGUUUUAGUAAUAGCUGGGAAUAAAAUUGACCUGGAGCAUGAGCAAGCAGUGCCUACAGAGGAAGCUGAAAGCUUUUCAAAAUCAGUCGGCGCUCAACACUACUACACAUCUGCAAAGGUUAACUUUGGAAUAGAGGAAUUAUUCAUUGUGCUGGCGCAACUAAUGAUCCAGAAGUUUGAGCAAGACUCUCAAAAUAACCAGGAGGCAUCUCGGGCAUCCCAAGUCCUGAUUGUGGAUGAUGAGGAACCAGUUCACAGGUCAUGCUGCUUCAACUCAAGCCGCAUCUAAACUUAUAGAAACGCAAAUAUAUUUAGAUUAUUGUAAAAUAUGUCAAAGUUGUAUUACACUUUUGAAAGUCAUUUUUAGCAUAUUAAUAGUUAUUUUAUAUGUAUAUUGUUAUUUUUAAGAUUUAUUGUUAGAAAAGUAAUAUCCCUGCUUUUCAAUAUUUUAAUGAGAUUAUAAUUAAUGUUUUCUGCAAUUUCACUUUUAUCUCAAUAGGGAAAUAAAAUUGUUAAUCAAUGUGAAGCAGAGGUUAUAAUUUUUAUGGUUUUGAAAUCUAUGAUCUAAACAAAUUAAUGUUUAAUCAUCUUCAUAAGUCUAUGUCACAUACAUAUGUCUAUGGGCAUCUAUUUAGUAUGCUUAUUGAAUUAAACAUAAUUAUGUAAUGUGCUUAUUAUAAUACCAUUGUCAUGGUCAAAUG